AAUGCAAAGUAACUGGCUUCACUGUGUGUUUGUUCUGUGUUGCCUUCAGGUUCAACAGAAAAGUCUGUGUUAUUCUCAUUCUCAUUGUAGAUGUUCUGACUCUGGCUCAUGCUAACUUUGCACUCAGCUCCACCAUGUAGAGAUGAAUAAGUUCUGUAGAACAUGUGUUCUUAAACCUGAUGCAGGUGACAAAGACUCAAACACACAGUGAUGUUACAGCUGGAAGAUACUGUGAGUGUUCAGUGAGGAUCAGGGUCUCCAUCUUCUCUGAGGUGUACAGUUGUUGUGUCUGCAGUAAAACCUCAAACCAACCUGAGUGUGAUUUCUCUUUAGUUCUGACCUCACUGCUGUGCUGCACAACAAACCAAGCCUCUCUGUCUGUGAGUCCCAGCUGCUCUCAGCAUUUUGAAGGAGAGUUUAUCUCUCUGAGCUGUAAGGAGGAUGACAGCUCUGCUGGAUGGACGCUGAGGAGGAACACAACCAGAGAAACCAGGACUCAGUGUGGAGCUGACUGGGGAAGAUCAGCUGCUUCUUCCUGUAACAUCAGCUACUUCGACCCAUUGGACAGUGGAGUGUACUGGUGUGAGUCCACAGAGGGAGCAACCAGUAACACCAUUGACCUCACUGUCACUGGUGGACCAGUGAUCCUGCAGAGUCCUGUCCUCCCUGUGAUGGAGGGACAUGAUGUCACUCUGCACUGUAAAACAGAGACCCCUCCCUCCAACCUCCCAGCUGGUUUCUAUAAAGAUGGCUCCCUCAUCAGGACUGAGCCUACAGGUCACAUGACCAUCCACCAUGUUAACAAGUCUGAUGAAGGCCUCUACAAGUGUGACAUCAGCGGUCGUGGAGAGUCUCCAUCCAGCUGGAUCUCUGUCACAGGUGAGGAGGUUACCUUUGAUUUCAGGACUUAUUUCAUCCAGAGAGUCAUCUGACCAGGUGGGAUUCUCUCUACAGAUAAACCUACAACCACAGCUCCGCCCACAUCUGGAGCUCCACCCCCUGCCUUAGGUCCCCUCCAGCUUGUAUUCAGACUGGUCUGCUACCUAUUGGUGUUUGUCUGUGCUGCAUCUCCACUUUCCACUGCAUUUAUGUCAAGACAGGCCCACAGCCCUGGUUCUGUAAAUGGAAAACACGGAAGGUGGUGUGGAUCUUCCCCACAACACUGUUACAGUCAAUCAGCAGCAGGUGGCGUGAGUGCUCGUGCACAGGUGUGAUGGGAGGGGGCAAUCGGAGUUCAAGACACUGGCACAUUCGAACAUGCUGGACUCCAGGCACCGUGAAGAAGGAGAGAUGUUUGAGAAACAGCCAAAGAGGAAAAGGUCGGAUGAGUAUAAUUAGAGAAGAAAGACAACAGCGAAGGUGUUUCAAAGAUGGAGAAACUUUAGAGAAGUUUGGGGGGCGGAGCUAUUGUGAGAGCACCGCAGAGAGAGGUGUAUUUGUUUGGCUGUUGAGUUCAAAUAUUAACAAUCUUUCUGCAGAAUCACUUACUCUCCCUUUAAUAAAUCAAUCAAUGUACAAUCUAUUGCAAAAUGCAUCGUUACAGUUAGUGUUGAUUGUUGUUAUUUAUAAUGUAGUAGUGUUGAUACUUUUGCCUCUUUGUUUAUCUAAAUGUUAUUAUCAACUCCCCUGACAGUAACAGCACAUCCUCAACAGAAAAAGGUUGAUAGUUUAAGCAACUUAGACACUGAGAAGACAGAGGUAUAUUUAGUGGAGUUUUAUAAAAACGAACAGGUGCAUCUUACAGGUGAGGUGAGGGGAGGUUGGCAGUGCAAAAACAUAACAGAGUAAUCCAAAUGGUGAUCAAGAUCAUGGUUUUAACUAACACUAUGACCUUUUUCUAAACCUUAGUUUAGGUAACGUACUUAAGGUCUGUUAAGCCUGUCGACCUAUUUUGUCAUUUAGGUGUGAGGACCUCUCACCCAUCUCCAUGCCAACAGCUCAGGAGAGACCGGCUGAGGAUUUUGAGUACAUGCACUGUGCAUCACUUCUGAGUUGCAGCAGAGCUUUAUGACCAGCUGAGCAGCAGAAAAUACAGAAGUUAAACCACUGGU